UCAUUCAUCCCUUACGCGAAGCCAAAAACGAGAACGCGUAUCUUCAUUCCCAAAUCGCCAAAUCCCUAAAAAUCCCAAUUUCCAUUGAAUCGCCAUCUUCAUUGAAUCCAAUCAUUCCCAAUUUCUUCAAUCAUUCUCCAAUCUCUUCGUUUUCAUUCGUUUUGAUUCGGUUUCAUUCUCCAAACCCUAGAUCUAAAGCAAUGGAAAAGGGCGGUGAGGCGACGAUAGAUCUAAAGCGAGACGGCAUUGAGGAUCUGAGCGGCCGUGUUCAUCUACUUCCCUGCUGUAUCAAGCACGACGGUCCCACCGAAGUUUCUCACUAUUUCAAACCUAAACCCACCGGCGUCGUCGGAGAAGGUUACUCGAAGGUUACUACUCUUCCUCUUCCUCCUAACUACUCUGGUUUUGUUCUGGGAAAGAAAAAUUCGUCUAAAAAAUCCGGUGAAAGCUCUGAUUCUUGGGAGACUAGUGCUACGUUUAAUGAUAUUACGUAUUGGAACCAUGACUAUGUUCCUUCUCAGAAUGAUGAUUUCUUCCGUUCUUUCCAUUGGAUUACUGUUGCUAAAGCUGGUUGCUAUGUCUGCAUUAUUAUAGGUUAUUGUGAGGGUGGAGAUAUGGCGGAAGCUAUAAAGAAGACUAACGGUGUUCUGUUUCCGGAGGAGAAACUUUGCAGAUGGCUCGUUCAACUUCUAAUGGCACUUGACUACCUGCACAUGAAUCACAUUCUUCAUCGUGAUGUCAAGUGUUCAAAUAUCUUCUUGACGAAAGAUCGUGACAUACGUCUCGGUGAUUUUGGACUUGCCAAAAUGUUGACUUCUGAUGAUCUUGCUUCCUCUGUUGUGGGAACUCCUAGCUACAUGUGCCCUGAGCUCCUUGCUGAUAUACCUUAUGGUUCUAAAUCAGAUAUUUGGUCCUUGGCUUGAUAUUCUGAUGGGAAAGGCUAGGAGUGCUGACCAGAGUCCUGAUGCUUCAACUUCAACAGAGGAGUAGAACACUAAGAGGAGGAGAAGGAUGAUGAAACUCUGCUGCUUGUAGAGUAUGAAACUCUGCUACUUGUGGAGUAUGAAACUCUGCUAGCUUCCUGUUGUUUUCAUUGGUGGUAAAUUAGUUGGUUUUAUGGAUAGAGUUUUGGCUUUUCAUAUUAAUGGGUUGUCUGCUUGGAAUUAGACUUGGAAUUAAUUAGUGAUAAUGUUAAGUAUUGACUUUUAAUGUGUUGAAUGUAACUUUGUUAGCUUGUUAAUUAGGAAUUGACAAUGACUUGUGGAAAAUAAUAUUCGGAAUUAUGUCAAUUUUCUUGUGCGUUA